UUUGCGUAUUUAUUCCUUCCUGAUUUGAAAUAUGUCUUCUGCUUCUGUCUGUCUGCUCCAGCAGCUUUCUUCUAAAGUCAACAAUGACUUCCACAUAAGUAAACUCAGAUCUUUUCUUAAUGCUUCUUUUCUCUGGAGGUAUUCUAAGCAGAACACUUUUUUGGAUGGAAGAGGGGAACAUUAAUUUUUUCAUGUUACACUCAUUUCUCAGUAUGAAGUGAAGUAGCUUCUCAAAGCUACUUAUAAUUGGGAGUUUUCUGCUCAUAUGUUUGUAUGUAGGAUAGCAGUAGAUUUGCUAAAAUUUAACUUUGUUGCCUUUAAUGGAUAAUUGACAUUUGUUUUGCACUGCAGUUGCUGGGGUGAAGGCCAAGCUCCUGUAAAAAAGAGAUGUUUGCACAAUGGCCUGAAUAAGCUGAAACAUUAUUUUUCCCUUACUCAACAGUCUAGUCAAUCUGACGUUGUGAGGCAGGUGCACCAUGAGGUCAUCCAGGGUCCCAGGUUCAGUCAUCCUCCAGGCUGCUGUCUGGCUUGAAUGGUCUGUACAGGAUCACUGCUACAUCUGCGUUUCAACCUGCUGGAAGAGGAAAGAACCAAAGUCCAGGGCAAGCAGAAUGUCUUAUGUUAAAUGUGACUAGAAAAGUCACUUCUGCUUUCAUCCUGUUGACUUGAACUGAGGCAUAUCCUUCAGAGUAUACUAGAAAUACUCAGACAUUACAUUUUUGGCUAUGUGCCCAGGAAGAGGAGAAAAAUGGAUAUUCAGGACCAUUAGUAGCUAACACCAUAGAUAGAGUAUUUAUAGAACAGUUUGAUGUUAUAUCCUUUUUUCGUCUUAAUCCUGUGACCAACGUAUAUCCUUUUACAAGUGAAGAAAUAGGUUUAGAGAGGUUAGCCAGAUUUAUGAAAUUCACUUAUCUAGUAGGAAAAGUUGUGAUCUGAACCCAAAUCUUAACUCAAAAUUCAGUGUGUUAUUUUACCUAUAAAACAGGUUGCUGUUUAAAACAAACGGCAGCAAAUCAAAUUUAUCAUUAUUCCAAGCAAGUUGGUAUACUUAUAACUUGUUUAGGAUGAUGACGACCAUAUACUUUUUCUAUAAAAUUAUCUUUCAUUUUACCUUAGAUUUAUCUACAUUUGCUGUUAAAUUCAUCUGAGUUCUUUACUUUAUUGUAUUUUCAGUUCUGUUCUAUCUGUUUGACUCAUUUUUAUGGAUUCCAGUUCUCUGGUGUAGUUGUCAACAUCUAUUUUUUGAACAUCUUUGUCACGGUUACUUUAAAGUCUGUGUCAAACAGCCCCAAUACCUGGGUUAGCUGUGGGUUUCUUUCUAUUGUCUGUUUCUUGGUAUGACUAGUAAACGUUGAGUGAAUGCUGGACACUGUGUAUAAAACAUUGUAGAUGUGGCUCUUCCUCUAGAGAGGAUUCCAGAAGGUGUUCUGGCAAGCAGCAGAGGGGAAGAUGAGCUCACUUUAAUCAGGACCUGGUGGCUUCAAGGCUGGUUUGCAGUCUUUGUAAGACUCUGUCUUCUAGUUUCCCCUCAUUCCUAAAAAGUAGUUUUCCGGGGUGUUUCUUCUUUUGAGCUUUGCUUUUAGCCACUUUGUCCUUGGAAAAUUAGCCCUUGCCCUAAACAUUUACUGAGCAAACACUCUGAGUGAAAAGCCAGUGCUGAGUGUCAGGCUUACUUCUCUGUCUCUUCUUUCUGGGAUCUUGGGCUCCUAAUGCCUGGCUGUUUGGCCAGCUCCAAACACUUCUGUCUCCCCAGUUCUGUGAGACUGCCUAAAGUUCUGCUGGGAUCCUUUCUUGUCCUGUCUUUGGCUUCUCAGCCUCUUCAAACGAACAAUCAAUAAAAUCAUGAAUUCUCGGCUGCCUUGGCAGCUCUCUGAUGCCUUCUAACAGGUGUGUGUGUGUUUAAAAUCUGCUUUUCCAGUCCUCAGAAGCAGAGGUCUACUCUAAGCUACUUACAGCUGCAGGCAGAAGUCUUUAUGUACUUUUUAAACAGUUCAAUAUACCUGAAAUAAUCAUCGUCAUCACGUCAGUUUAGAUGAUUCAUUUAGGGAUUCUCCCUCUUAAGAAAUCCAGCAUUGAGGUUUCAGGAUCUUUUUAAAUCACUCCUCGAAAAAGACAGGUAAUUUUUAUUCACCAAAUCAUUUUUAUUCUUGUUUUUAAAAAAGCAAAAAAGAGUGUCCUUUGCCAAGAAUUAACUAUAAAUAAUAAUUUUCAUUGUUUAGGAUUUUGCAGUUUCCAGAAUGUUUUUACCUACCAUAUUCAUCCCACAAAUGUAUAUUGUGUACCUUUUAUAUCCCUGUUUUAUAGAUGAGGAAGCCAAGAAACACACUUAGUAAAUGCCUAAAAUCCCAAGCUAAUUAUUGACAGGAAUAGCUAAAAUCCAGACCCUCAUCCUGUCCAAUACAUUAACAUGACCUCGAUGCAACUUUGUAUACAUCAUUGUAUAUAAGGUAUUUCUUGGAAGCUGUACCUACACUCCUAAGUUUAUUUAACUUUAUAAUAUCACUUGAUUUUUUUACCUAUAAUAAUUUCUUAUUAAGGAUAUUUCAGUGACCAGGGAAAUUUAUCCGUACUCUGAAAUGCAACCCUGCCUGCACAUGUGCAGUUGCACAGGUGGCAGACCCCCGCAGCCUCCCUGUUCAGUCUGAGUAGGAAGGAAUCCUGGUCAUUUGAUUCCUGCAUCCAGAGCUCUGCUGGACACGUUCACGUACAUUCUGGUGUGGUUGAUUCUAAAAAUGAUGUUCGUACCCAGACGGGUGACAUGAAAAAAUGCAUGACCUCCGUGUCACAGGACGUCAUAGCUGUGGAGUCUUAAAUAACUCUUGGCAUUGAAGUUAAAAAAUGAAUCGCUUAGCUCAAACAGUCUUCACUCACUUGCAGGAGUGGUUUAUAUUCACCCAUUGCCUCCAUUGCCUCCAUCUCCGUUCAUGAGACACGCACAUGGAAUAGUCCUGCUGCUCUUCAGCCCCCUCACUUACGGGCAUUCCGUUGUAUAACAGAGGCUCUGAAGCUGCAGCUGUCAGGAUCCUAAUCCUCUCUGCGAGCGCUCGCUGCCAGCGUGUACAGUAGUAAACUGCGUGCUUCGGUGCUCGCCUUUCAGGCACUAUCAGAGGUCUCAGCAGCAGAACAAAAGUUGUGGAUGACACUUUUUAACCUUCUAGAAACUCAGCUAACUUGUUUAGGUAUGUCCAGACUUAACAUUUAAUAAAUGUUGACCUUCAGGCAGGCAUGUAUAAUAAAGACUGUUUCUUUAAUGGAAGAGAAGCUGAACUGAAAACAAAACGUGUGACCACCUUUGCUAUUGUUUAGCUGUGUGACCUCAAGGAUAUAAUUUAACCUUUGAUUUUCCUCGUUUGUAAACUGUAGAGAAAAUAAUUUGACUUCUAACUUACUGAGGCAUACUAAGGAAAAACGUGGUGGCCAUGAAAAGUGUUUUGGGAUCCUUGGAAGAAAGGAGUGCUCCAUAGAUUCAGGCAGUACAGUGAAGAUUAUUAUAUGACCCCAAACUGGCAUGUGAAACAGCAAAACGCUGUUUUCCAGAGUUGGAAUAGCAGUUUAUUCAAGCUUAUUCGCGUGAUCCGCGCUAUUCGAGAGGCAUAAAAUACUUUAGUUUCUUCCAUUUUAAAUAUGUUUGCUAAGAUGGUAUGGAUCCUUUAAAGUAGAAGCUAUUCAAAAGACCAUUUGGCAGCUGGGCAAUUUGACACUGGGGACAUGUGAACGGUACACUGACAGGAACAAGUGAACUUCACGUUAUUGCUAUAUAGGAAGCUUUAUUUCAGAUUAAUACCGUGGUUUUCAUUACAUUGAACAAAACCCAUUAUCUCCAGGGUUUUAAUCACCUCUUAAAUGUUAGGACUGCUGUCUGACUAGUCAAUAUAAAGACGAUGCUUUCUUAGUGAUAGCUGAGGUAGUCUUUGGUGAAGAAUGUGUUUUCUUUCUCCAGGAGCUUCUAAAAUUUUUGACUCUGAAGCCUUUGUUCAAUUUUUGAUUGGUACUAGAUAGAUUACAUUUUGAUGGUCAUUCUUAAAUCAUGAUUUAUUAAUAUAUGCUAUUUUAAUAUAACUUUCUCUGCUAUAUUUGACGUUAGCCUUUAUUAGGUAAAUGUAGAAGCACUUAAGACACACUUUGAAUUAAUUAUCACCAUUUGAUAUUUUAACGUAUUUGCAUAGUUUUCAAGAAAUGAUCAAGAAAACAUCAAUAUAUAGCCAUCCAUUAGUUCAUCACUUAAUGGAUCCAGAAGCUCAAAAAGGCAUACCAGGUGUCCUCUACCUAGAGAACAGAGAAAAUGACGAUGACAAGAAAGUGGUUGCGGAGAUCAUGGCAAGAUGUUUUGCUCCAACUUUAAUAACCACCACUUCCUGGGAGGGGUUUCAUUUUGUCGGUCAUGAGAUUCGGAUUACGGAAGCCGUGGAUUGUUACGGUGCUGUUGUUUGGCCAUCGGCUCUUGUUCUAUGCUAUUUUCUGGAAAUGAAUGUAAAACAGUAUAAUAUGGUUGACAAAAAUGUGAUUGAAAUUGGAGCUGGAACAGGGCUGGUCUCCAUUGUGGCAAGUUUACUCGGUGCACAUGUGACUGCCACAGAUUUACCUGAAUUACUUGGAAACCUGCAAUAUAAUAUUUCCCGAAACACCAAAAUGAAAUGCAAGCAUUUGCCUCAGGUUAAAGAACUCUCCUGGGGUGUAGCUUUAGACAAGAACUUCCCCAGGUCUUCCAACAAUUUUGACUAUAUCCUGGCAGCUGACGUUGUCUAUGCUCAUCCUUUCCUGGAGGAACUCCUCAUUACCUUUGACCAUCUGUGCAAAGAAACUACCAUCAUAUUCUGGGUCAUGAAAUUCAGGUUGGAGAAAGAAAAUAAAUUUGUAGAUAGAUUUAAGGAGUUGUUUGAUCUAGAGGAGAUUUCUAGUUUCCCUAGUCUGAAUAUUAAGUUGUAUAAAGCUAUGAAGAAAAACCCGAGGAGCGCAGGAUAUCCUCAAAGCAGGGCCUGGAAGGCUAAGGCAAUUUCUAGUAGAUUAUUACUUUAAGAAAGACCCUGGAUAAUCUGACAUAGCCCUGACUUUCCCAAGGGGAGACACACUCACCACCCCCACCCCUCACACACACAUUUGCCACACCCUAGACAGGGAUUUUCCCAGAUAUAGCACAUGGGUCUAGAGGAUGACACAGCCAUGCUAUGUGGUCAUUGGUUAGGACAGUGUCCUUAUAUUUUCCUUAUCCCUCUAUAGCACCAUUUAUUAUUAUGAUCAUUUAAAUAAAGGGUAUGAUUAUUGUUAUUUUUAAUGUA